CGACUCCUUCAGAAUUCUUGUGGGUGGUUACGAACCAACCAAGUGGGCAGGGCCAUGAAUAAUAAUUUGACAACGCUACGUCACAGUGUCACCUUAUCCAGAUCGGCUCAUUUCUUCUGCCUUUUUCCUUUCAUUGCCUAUUGCAUUCAGCAGACAAACUGCAUAGAUUUCAAACUUACCACAGCUCACAAACUUAUUCAGACCUAUGUUAUUUAACAAACAAUAGGAAAAAUGUGAUUUUAAUGGCAUGGGCUCUUUAAAACCAAUUCAAAUGUAUUCACUUGGUAGCCUACUUGGUCGAUAUUUCAAACCUUUUCUGGAUGCGAACUUGUUUUAAUUUAUUGAUCAUGAUUUAAUAUGAUAACGAACUAAUAGUUUAUAUUGUUGAUCCAUAUCCUGUUCUAAUGACAUUAAAACCAAAACAAAUCCUACCAACAUGUAUGUUACCUAAUUAACAUUUUAUAAAAGCAAUGUAAAGAGAAAUGUGGAGAAAUGUAGGAUGUAGCAAUUUAAUUAAGAAUGUCAAAAGUUCAAAGUAACUACAUCAUAGCUGUCUUCUUCUGCGUAAUGUUUUUGCGUUUGGUUUGCUGAGGUUGCGUUGAAAUCCUUGAAAUCAUCAGUGCCACCGGGGAUCUGUUCAAAGUCCUUCCACCCAUCUUGAUGAGACAAGAUAAGCCAUAUCCAGGGGAAAUUGUCAGUGGCACAAACCCUGAUAAUGGAGAGAUUGUGAUAUUGUGAUGACAUUUGAAUGAAGCAUUUAUUUUGUGAGGAUGGUUUCACAAUGAGCUAAUGCUUUCCUCUUGACGUCGUUACAGGUCUAGAGUAUAUUUACUAAUGGUUCAUUCAAACAAUCUAUAUAUGCUUGGACACCAUAUAAAAAUAAUCCUUUCUGUUCUUUGAAUGACACUCCUAGAAAAUGUCUUAUAUCUUGUGUUUUAUUGCCAUGUACAGUUAAUUAAUCAGCCUCUUCUCACCCUUUCAACAUCCCUUUGUAAAACUUAUGUAAAAUGGUCCUACAUAAAUAAAGAUUAUUUUACAUUACAAAAGGAUCCCUGAUAGGAAAUGAGAGUGUGGGGCCCAGGCCUUGUGUGUGUGACUGCAGAGGCGUCGGUAGAUCACGGCGUGACAGGCCUUAAUCUUAAUGACGCUCCGUCCUUGAGCCGCACGGCCCCGCGGCGCCACCCCUCAGCUCGGGAUCGGGACAUGCUUUUCGGUCCACAAGGCCAAACUUCUUCAAUCUUCGGAAAAAAGUUGAAAAUGCAUGCAGAGUCAGCAAAAUCCCCCCUGACAAUAGGGAGGUGGGUCUCCCUAUAAAAACCAGCCCUAUACGCUCUUCCCUCUAUAUUCUCCUUCUGUCCUCUUCACUCCGUCACUUUACCUCCAUCCCCGUGAGUCCCGGCCAGAGAGCACGAGUCAUGGCGGUGAUCAACAGGUGUGUGCUGCCCCUGCUGGUGCUGCUGGCGGCCGCGGCCUGCGUGACCCACGGCCAGGAGAGGAUUAAGAUGUGCGGUCGAGACCUGAUCCGCUUGGCCGUCACGUCCUGUGGGAGCUCCCGGCAGCGGAGGAGCGCCGCUGAGUCCCAGCAGGGCCGGCUGGCCGGAGACCAUGGCCUCCCCGUCCAGGAGCACCAGGGACCCUCUGGGUCUACCGGUACCCCCUUACAGCUGGACCAGAACCCCCAGACCCAGCACCCCAAGCAGGACCAGAACCAGGACCCAAACAGGGACCCAAACCGGGACCAGGACCGCCACCCGGACCGGGAGCAGGACCCUGAGCUCUCCCUGGUACCUGGCUGGUACGGCGCACCCUAUCGAGUGCGCCGUUCUGCCGGGAGGAUCUCUGAUGUGUGCUGUGAGAAAGGCUGCAGCAUGAGGGAGCUCAUACAGUUCUGCUGAGGGCCUGAUCCGUCUGUCUCUGCCGCAGCCCCGUGUUUUGUUUAAAGAGCUUUUGGAAAGUUGCCUCCGAAGUUGAAUUUGUCUUUCCGCUGUGUGCCAAAGUAAGGAAUGUUAGACUAAGAGUAUAUAUCGAAAGAGAUUUCCUUGAUUCAAUUUAAAAUGUUAUUUAUUUACCGUAUCUUAAGUUAUCAUGUAAGUCACCAUGUGUGGGAGUCUGUGUGGAUGAUGGUUGGUUCAAUCAGCCUCACCUGGCCGAGUCUGACCGAUUGGACUCUGGGGCUGCACACCUGUUGCACAUUUAUUAAUCAGUGUGCAGGCUGUGUACAGGUUGAACCAGCCAUCACCCCACACUCAGGGAGAGAUCUCCUGCAUGGAGCACCCAGGCCAUGGGUCAUUACCAGCAAAACAUACAAUAAACCGGCGUAACGUCACCAAUCUGUGUCCUUGUCUGGACAAGCCCAAUCAAAGGCACCUUGUGGAGUGCAGCAUUGGCUUUGCUACACCAUGCUUGACUGUCGGAAAUCUCUUGCUAUGCCUUAAUAAAGCAUCAUCAUCUAUUGAAGUUUUGUGGAUGGUUUGAUCCAACAGUCCUACCUUUCUUGUAAAUGGCAUAUGCAUAGGUAACCAUAUUAAUUACAACAAUGUGAUUCACAAUUAUGCUUUGCUUAUUAUGAAUACAUUUUCCGUAGAUGUACUUUAUAUAUUGACUCUUGAUAUACCUUUUUUGGAACAUUAUUAAACAUAACACACGCAUAUGCACACACACACACACACACACACACACACACACACACACACACACACACACACACACACACACACACACACACACACACACACACACACACACACACACACACACACACACACACAUUCACACACACAAGAGAGAGAGAGAGAGGGAAAGGGAGAGAGAGAGAGAGAGAGAGAGAGAGAGAGAGAGAGAGAGAGAGAGAGAGAGAGAGAGGGAGAGAGAGAGAGAGCAAAGGCGAGA